CACGACACAACGGCUAACCGCCACAACGACGACGAUAGUGCAUGUCCUUGCUGCUACAGUCGGACAAACGGCGACAACAGGCAGUCACGCGACUACAACAGACGGACACAAUCGAGGGCAGACGAGCCAGCAUGGCCAAGCGAAAGCGCAGCGGCGCACCAGCAAACGCGGUCAAAAAGGCAGCCACAGCUACAGGAAUCCCGAGCCCGCCGCACGACUCGCACCCGACCAACACCUACUCGGUCAUCUCGCCCGAGGAGAUUGACGUGACAGUCGAAACGCUACGCACGCUGGCCGAGCACCCGGCUCUCAUCAAGUCCAAGGCCUGCAAAGAGCUGAGGACGGCAGUGUACGACUUCCGCCAGGCCUGCACAACGGGCCUCAAUACGGCGGAGGGCAGCAAUCUCACCGCCCGCAUCUCAGCCGCUCUGAGCGAUGCCAAGCUCACCGAUGCCCUCAUCCUGCUGGCCGAGAUGCGCAUCCGGCGAGAGGCGCCGUCGCUGGGCGCCCUCUGCCGCUGGGUGCGCACGCUGGACGUCGUGUCAGGCCUGUCCAUCCACGUCCAAGUCCCCACCCACACCGUCGUCGGCCACAACGCCCACAAUGACGACCUGAUACGCGUCCUGGAUGCCAUUCUGCGCGUCACGGGGCCGACGGACACAACGGCGCACGGCAUCCACGUCGCCUCGGGCAUAGCCCUACAACAGACGUGGGAUCUGAGGGAUGGGAGCGGGCCCACGCGCGAGAUAGGGCGCAGCGUCGACGACAAGACCAUCUUCGCCUCUUGUCCUGCUGACAUCAAGGACCGCUUCACUGUCCUCGACACCACCCCCGGGCCUCUCCGCAAACCACCCAAUCUCCAUCCCGCCGUCCUCUUCGCUUCCCAAGACGACGCAAUAGUCCUCGGCGACGCUCCCAAAACACAAUGCUACACACACCCCAUUGUGCCCGACCUACGUCUCAUCAAAGACGUUCUUUCUCCAGACGAAUGCACAUCCAUCAUCGCUGCAGGAGAAGCCAUCGAUUUCAUCCCCGAUGCCCCGCUGCGGCCCCAGGGCGAGGAUACGAGUGUCUUAGCCCACAACUUUUACUGGAUAGUUGACGACGCUUUCCACAACAAGUUGUGGGAGAGGGUGAAAGCCUUUGUCCCUGACAAUAUCGCUGGAAAGGAAGUGCGGGGCAUCAACCGGCGCUUCAGAGUGUACAGAUAUGUGCCUGGAGCAGAAUACAGAUGUCACAUUGACGGCGCCUGGCCACCCUCUGGCAUCGCCCCCACAAUCCCACCGACGUACGUCUAUGAUGCAUCUCCAGCGUCGGCGCGACAGUCCUCCCUGUUCACAUUCCUCAUUUACCUCAACGAUGAUUUCCGCGGCGGCGAAACUACCUUCUUCAUACCAAGUGCUAAGCAUGGGGUCAUCAACGCGUAUCCAAUACGCCCAGUAAUGGGAAGUGUUGCUGUCUUUCCCCAUGGAGAGGCAAGAGGCGCUCUGUUGCACGAGGGAACUGGUGUAGUCGAAGGAGCAAAGUAUGUGAUACGGACUGAUGUUGAGUAUAAUGUAGGAUAAUGAUUCAAGGACAAGCAAUUUCUGUACAAAACGUAAAAUAGGGUAUUAAUUAAAAGUCUUAGUAGCAAAAAAACAUACUAGGCAACAAGUAUAAUUGCGUCGCUAAGGGAAAAAAGUAUUUAUUUAAAGCUAUAAAAAAAACUAGCUAGACUAAGAGCUACACUAUAUUAUAGCUUUAGAUUUCUUAAUAGAAGUAAUAAUUCUAUUAAAGACUAUAUUUUAACUUAUAGUAAAAAACUUAUCUA